AUGAGAUGCAUCCGGCCCGCGGUUGGGGGCUAUAAUCAACCGUUCCGUGCCAAGUUGGCGUCACAGGUGUCAGUCAACAAGAAGGCCGUUGGGAUGCGAACACAUGAUGCCAUUAGCAGAGAGGGAUCCUCUUCCAUAAGCUCGUCCUCCGUCGAUGCACCGACGCCUCGAUGUCACUGUGGCGUCAGGUCGCCAAUCAGAUCCGCUUGGAAAUGUGACUAUCCGGGCAGAAGGUUUUAUGGAUGUUCUGGGUACAGAACCAGCAGGAAAUGCUCGUUCUUUCAGUGGUACGAUCCAGAGCCCCCACCUCGUUACUCCGACGUCAUUCGCAGGUUGCUAGAAACGAACGAGGGCAUUAGAAGCGAGAACAUGGAGUUGAAGAAGACAAGACAGGAACUCCUAGACGAGCUGCGUUCUUUGCAACAUAGUUUGUAUGAAACAAGGGCAAAUCUGGAGGCCGCCAUUUCAGCAUCUACGGCCAUGGAAGACAACAUGCUUGCGAGUGUCGCGACGACGAGGAGGCGAGGUGUUCUGAUCACCGUGUUGAUAUCCGCGAUCAUUUUGUUGGUUUUUUUACCGGUGAAGAUCGCUUGA